AUGAUUGUAGUCCUUUGAUUUUGAAGCUUCUGCUUCACGCGAAUCGCGAAUCGCAUUGCUCAGUCACGGUUUGGUCUGUUUGCGCGACGAAAUCUGACCAGCUGGACGGUAUGGUGAGGGAGUUUAGUUAGAGUAGGUAGCUGUUGAUGGUGUUGGCAACGCAUGCUGUCGCUCGCUAGCUGACAGUAGCAUGCCGAGAGAGAUGGACUCAGAGCUCAACGCCCGGUCUUGUUGAAUCGUAAACUGUCUCUGAUCGUGUGUGCAUAUGCGUUUGUUGUGUCGAUUGAAUCCACGGGGAUGAGUAUGUGUGAUCGCUGCUGACUGCAGAAUCCCCAGCAGUAGCUUGUGGCGGACUGGAUCUCCCAGUUGUCGUGACGUGAGUCGGUUACUUCUGAUGGCAAACUUCAGACUUGGCGAAGAAGGCUACGAUUUCGCGCCCGAGUUGCCAUCUGGAAACACUCCGCCAUUAUUUCGCAGCGGUAGAUCGGGUAGCGGUCGAGGACAGGACCAUGGACGACCGAUUUCUGAGCCGUUCGCACCUUCGAGUGUACACAGUUAUUCUAACCAUGGUUCAACAGGAGUGGCGUUGGGCCUGGGAAUAGGUCAGCCGCGUAGAGGCAGUGUGGGUAGCAGCAGCACUGCGAGUGCGUCGAGUGCAGCUCCUACUUCUGCGAGUGUUGGUACUGCCACUCCUACUGGCUCAGGGCAGUUGAAUCGUCACAAUGGAGCAGCAAGUGUCAGCAGCAAAGCGACGGCAGGCCACAUGCCAUUCAGAGUCAAGUUCAUUCUGGCGGAUAGCGCCAGUGGUAGCGGAGGCAGUGGCGGUGGUGGUGAGAUGCGCAGUGUGCUGGUCAGUCGACCCCUCAGCUGGAUAGACUUCUGCAACAAAGCCCAGUCUACAUUCCAGCAGCUACGAGACAGGCCAUUGCCGACUCUGUACUACAUGCGUGACUCCGGCGGGGCACCACCGUACGCUAUUCGCAACCAGGACGACAUUUCGGCCAUGGAGGCCAGUCUGCCGUUCGAUGCCAGCUGUAUACGAAUUCAGAUUGCACUUGAUCCGCCGCCACACAGCGUGUAUGAUCCGCACGGCCGACCUGUUAGCAAGUGUCGGUCGAAUUUGAGCUCGUCACCGCGCACGUAUACUCGGCAACCUCUUGUACCGACUGACCUUGACCGCAAGCCUAAACUAACCAAAGCUAUAUCGGAACCAAGCCGCACAGUGUCCAGUUUUGAGCCAACCUCAGACUUCCAUGAAUACAACUCACUGCAACUGCCACCGAUGCUGGUCGAAGAGCACCUCAUGCAGCAUAUUGACUUACAGGGUGCGGCAAGCUCCAACAUUCGUGAUGAUGGUCCAGCACCAGGGACGUAUGGAAGAGCAGCACCGUACCAUGAUACGGGUCCACCACCUGGGAGCAUGCUGCUUCCAACCGGCAAGUUUGUGCGACAAGAGUCCAACAGCCCGUCGGUGUUUGAGGGCGGAGGAGAAUUCAUCCCCGAGACAGACGAUGCCGCAGAUCAAGGCAGCGAACGGCAUGGUCAGAAGAAGAUAUACGCGGUGCACCCGGCUCAUGACCACUGGGUUGGCGAAGAAACAGGUAGUGUUGGCGCUGUGGCAAGAGAUGUAGAUAACCUGAGUAUAGGCAGUGAGGACAUACUGCCCCGGCAUGCUUCAGUAACAACUGGCAGCCCUCGAUUAGAUCGACAGCUACAUGCACCACCGGGUGUUGACCUGACAGUUGAGCACAGGACUUCUCCCAGUAAAGCUGAAAUCUCAGUUUCACCUCUGACCCAUUCUGCGACGGGCAUUGACAGCCUGACGUCCACAACAUCAUCCACCAGUGCUAACAGUGGUGAGCGAGACCACGACUCUGUACACUCGCUCAAGGUAUCCGCUGAUCAUAAUCCUGAAGGCGGCAUGCCGGAUCGAUGGAAGCGAGGUCGCCAGCUGGGCAGCGGAGCGUUUGGGACAGUGUACCUAUGCCAUGAUAUCGACACGGGUCGAGAGCUGGCCGUCAAACAAGUCGACGUCGGCAACCUCGGCUCUGAGAUGCGCAAGGAGGUAGCGAUCCUGCAGGCGGAGAUUGAACUACUGAAGAAGCUGUUGCAUGAUCGCAUUGUGUCCUACGUGGGCGUUCAUAGCGGCGGUGGCAUUCUGUCUAUCAUGAUGGAGUACAUGGCCGGUGGCUCCAUCCAUGCUUAUCUCAAGGAGAAUGGGCCGCUGACUGAGAGGCUGACGCGCAAGUACACACUCCAGGUGCUGGAAGGUCUGCACUACCUGCACAGCCAGAGAAUCAUACACCGCGAUGUCAAGGGUGCGAACAUUCUACGCGACCUGCACGGUAACGUGAAGCUAGCUGACUUUGGUGCGUCGCGCAGCCUGCAGACCAUCAAAAGCAUGUCAUGUCUGAAAUCUGUACACGGUACACCGUACUGGAUGAGUCCAGAGGUGCUGAAUGGCAAUGGGUACAAUGAAACUGCAGACAUCUGGAGCCUGGGCUGCACCGUUAUUGAAAUGAUCACCGGCAAACCACCGUGGGGUGACCUAGAGCCCAUGGCUGCUCUGUUCCGCAUUGGAACGUGCCAGUCAGGCCCGGACCUGCCACAGAGUGUAUCGGUGGCGUGCACCAGGUUUAUGGAGUACACAUUCCAGCGCACACCAGAGCGGCGUGCCAGCGCUGCUCAGCUGCUCAAGACUGAAUUCAUUGCCUCACUGGCAGCAACUAGCUAGCUCAGUGAAUAAUGCCUUGAUGGAGCCGUGGAUAAUCUGCCUCAAGGUAUCGGCUUCCUGGGCAUUCCGGUUUGUAGCGCCUGUGCCACCACCAGCAUGCCAGCAGUGCGGGAAUGAAGAUGAAGGACCACUGGACAAGCGCUCCUUGAUACCUGUACUGGAGUACAAUGUAUUCUCCAUGCCAUUGUGUCCUUCUGAACCAAGUUGAUUACGUCCUAGCGCUACUUGAACAGAUUGCAUGCUGCCCACCCUGCUAGUAGCUGUUUGUCUUAUGCACGCAUGUGUGCAACAACGGUACGCCCACAAUUUGUGUUGACUUCAAUCGUCAACAACUUGACACAGAGUCCAUCUAUUUGAUAUAUUUCAUUGCGGAAAAAGGUCAGAGUUAGGUUUCUUAUCUCGAUUGUCUCGGUGAUGGAAUGACGAAACAGUCUGAGUUAUUUUAUUUUGCCCACUUCUCAGAAUCCUAUUUUGUGAUGGUGUGAUUGUAGCACAAGUGCCCCAAAAAGAGAGAAAAAAGAAGGAAGCUUGCACCUAUGCUGA